AUGACAGCUAUUAAUUUCCAUGAAUGCUUGAUAACAGAUGUCAAACAGCGCGCAUUUCAUCGGCCUUGCAGAUUGACAGCAACUGUUCCUACAAACCUAAUGCAAAAACUCGUUCAAUACAGCUCAGUCGAAUUAUCUGGUUCCGGGCAACUCAUCAACUAUCCCCGCGUGGAUAAUCCACGCCUUAGCAUUAAAAUUCUUCACAAGACAUAUGCUGUUACAACCCUGGCAUGCCAACAUCUCCAGUUGAGAGAUUUUACAAGAAACACGAACGAUUGGUAUAACGACAAAUUAGAGAACGAUGUCUGA